AUGCAGCGUCUCUCCAUCUCCAAGGGCCAUGCCUUCAUCCUGGUCUUCUCCGUCACCAGCAAGCAGUCCCUGGAGGAGCUGAAGCCCAUCUACCAGCAGAUCGUGCAGAUCAAGGGCAGCGUGGAGAGCAUCCCCAUCAUGCUGGUGGGCAACAAGUGCGACGAGACCCAGCGGGAGGUGGAGAGCAGGGAGGGGGAGGCCAUGGCCAAGGAGUGG